AUGGCUCCUGGAGACAUGGUGGCUGCUUCCCUUCACAAACAGAGGAAGCCAUUGCCUUCAUCUCAGAAAGAGCUCCAAUUGAAAAAUGACCUGGCUUCUGCGGCAACAGAUCCGGCUCCCAGUGGGGAAGCUGGUCUGAUCUGGAAGAGACCUUAUGGCAUUGGGGCUGGUCUGCAGAAUAUGGGGAACACCUGCUACAUGAAUGCAACCCUGCAGUGUCUCACAUACACACCACCCCUUGCCAACUACAUGCUGUCUCAGGCGCACUCUCAAACCUGUCGUCCGUCAGGCUUCUGCAUGCUGUGUGCUGUGGAAACUCACUUUCUUUGGGCCCUCCACAGUCCUGGUGACGUGAUCCAGCCCUGUCAGGCAUUGGCUGCUGCCUUUCAUAGAAACAGGCAGGAAGACGCCCAUGAAUUUCUGGUGUUCACUGUGGAUGCCCUCAAGGCAGCAGGUCUGCCUGGGCUCAUGAAUGUGGUUGGGCCCAAAGAGGACAAGUCUCUAAGCCAUCAGAUAUUUGGAGGCUACUGGAAGUCCCAAAUCAAAUGUCUCCAGUGCCAAGGCGUUUCAGACACAUUGGACCCUUACCUGGACAUCGCCCUGGAUAUCAAGACAGCAGACAGUGUUCAGCAGGCUUUGGAACAAUUGGUGAAACCUGAAGAGCUGGAUGGAGAAAACGCCUAUGAGUGUGGUAUCUGCCUAAAGAAGACAGCUGCUUCCAAGACACUGGUCUUGCAAUCUUCUGGCAAUGUUCUUAUCUUUGUUUUGAAGCGGUUUUCUGAUUUCACAGGCGAGAAAAUUGCUAGACAAGUGCAAUAUCCUGAGUGCCUGGAUAUGAGACCUUAUAUGUCUCAGCAAAGCGGGAGGCCACUUGAAUAUGUUCUGUAUGCUGCUCUCGUCCACGUUGGAUUAAGGUGUCAAAAGGGACAUUACUUCUGCUAUGUUAAAGCUGGGAAUGGUCACUGGUAUAAAAUGGAUGAUGCGAAGGUAACAGCCUGUGACAUUACUUCUGUCCUGAAUCAAAGUGCCUAUGUCCUAUUUUAUGUCCAGAAGAGUGAAUUUGGGGGAGAAAAUGGGACUGUGUCUCCAGGCAGGGGACCAUCAGUCUUUAAGACUGAAGACAGACCCGGCAAUACACCAAGGCAGCUUGAAAGGCAUUGCAGCGUUAAAGCUGUAGAGUCUGAGGAGCGCCCGGAGAAAACAACUCAGGAAUUCACCUUAGAUCAGUGGAAAUCCCUGCAAGACCAGAACCGCCCAAAGUGUGCGUUCACCCUCAGGAAAGUGGAGCCCUCCCUGCCUUGCAACGCAAUCUUAAUUCACCAGUCAAGAUCCACAGGGAGGCUGAGGAAGCAGCAUCCUGAACUGGAAAGCUCCCUGCAGCACAGGUCAGCUGGGCCCAGCGGUGAUCAGGUUACCACGAAUCCUAGCAACCGCCCUUGUCCAGGAGGGAGGACCAGACCUCCCAAGAGGAAGAAUAAACACGGAAAGAGGCCCCUGCUAGUGUUCCAGUGA